AUCGAAUUUAUCCCAAGCAAAGCUAGUUCCUCAGCAAUCAUCACGCCUGCAUUUCCAUUCUCCUCCUUUUAAUUUCAACGAGGACUGUUUUUUUUUUUGUCUUUUUUGCGUUACGCGGCACACAUCUGGUAGUUCCGAUCGUGGUCAAAGCAGUUAAAAAUUGCAAAAUACUACUAACCCAGUGCAGUUAUAUAUCGUGAUGAGCAGUAAAACCGGUAGUACCUUUUCCGGGUCUAUAAAUACUAGCUAGGCGCCUUCCUUCCUUAAACAAGCAAUAAUCGAGGUCAGCAAAGUUGCGUAGCUUCCCCGGCCGGCCGGUUGCGCUCCGACAGAUGGCAUCCAAGGCCGUCCUCCUCUUUGCGGCCGCCGUGGUCGCGGCGGCGUGCGCGCUCGGCACCUCGGAGGCGAGGCUCGGCAAGCUGGGCCGGCUCGUCAUCACCGGCGUCGUGCCCUGCAACACCGGCAGCCUCAUCGACAUCGCCACCUCGCCCGCGUUCCCGAACGCGGACGUGGAGCUGCGGUGCGCGGGCAAGGUUGUGGCCGGCGCGACCACCAACACCAACGGGACCUUCGCCAUGGAGCUGGACAUGACGAGCGCGCUGGCGGCGUUCAUCGGCGGGUGCACGCUGGUGGUGGACACGCCGCUCAUCAAGUGCAACGCCGACCUCACCGACGUCGGGAGCCUCGUCUCCCACCUGCAGGGCCCGCUCACGCGCCUGCUCGGCGGCAUCUUCCACCUCUUCCCCGCCGGAUUCUCGUUCCACUCCCGGCGAGAUUGAUGAGGACGAUGCUAGCUAGCUGGAUCGUCGAUCUCAGCGUGCAUGCAUCUCACAUGUCAAGUUCUCUCGUCUCGUCUGUAAUAGUUGCAUGCUGUACUUGUACUCUACAGUGGAUAAUGGUGAUCUCUGUAAGUCAAAAGGUUGUUCCUUGUUGUGGGAGAUGCAAAGGUUUCUAGGUACACAUAUAUACUACGCAAGAUUACUAGUAUAUCAUCAAGUAGCAACCAAACUACAGUAAAUAGUUGGGACAGAUGUCACACUAUAUAUUACUAUUACUAUACCACAUAUAAUUUAAGAAGCUUAUUGGCAGCAGCAGUCCUGCUACCUACUAUUAACCGCA